GGCGGUGAAUCAUCCUGUUUGGACACGGCAUGCUGGUUGUCGCUGUGCAGGCCGCAGUGCCUGGGACCUGAGAGGUGCGCAGUAUGAUUUGCGUUUGUGGUCCUUUGUUCCUGUUCAUGCGUUCCAGCCCAGCCGACCCCCUGUCACCUAAGCGAGCAGCCAGCCAGCAGGCGAACGUGUGCGGCUAGGCCAUGGCUAGAAUGCUCGUUCUUCUUUCAGCUGCGCCUGUCACUGCUGUCUAUUUCAGCCGAACUGGCGUUCACCCUCUCCAUCGCAGUGCAUCAUGCUUUGACGCCACUCUCCAAUUAUUCGAUUUACCCGCAUUACGAACCCUCGGCCAACUGUCAUCGGUACGCGCAAGCCCUCCCACAAUACCCUCGACACUACACUUCGGACCUUGCCCGUGUAUCAGUGACAUCUUCUCAGCUAGCGAUGCCCCUCACUGCCCCGCUCUGGUCAACCGCCCCUGUUGCGGCACGUUCCGUGCGAUCUCCGACAUGCUCCGUUUGAGCCAUCGAGUGACGACAAGGCCUCCAUCGAGCGUUUUACUUAAGCCAAUCUGCCGUGAGGCUCACAAUGAUGGACAUCCUUUUGGGGAUGUGGAAACACUACGCGUGUCUGCAGACCACCUACCAAGGCGGAAAUCCCAUUCCAGAGUCCACUUAGCCAAUUCAAGAACACUGUCCGCCGACGUUCACUAUACCAUUCGAAGAAGAAGACGGACCCCAGCCCACAGCCUCGAGGCCUUGCAGAUACGGCCCGAAGUAUCGAUAAGCGCGGUGACAUGUUGACAUUACUACUCAGCCCUAAGGCAGCUCCUACAUCGAUUGCACGUUUCGAACUUCGUCAGACGAGGAUACGAAGCUCUCCUCAAGUCGAGGUAUCCAACAUGCACACGGCACGACCUCGUAGCAGGACUCCAUGCCCCGUAAUAACAAACGGCCACAAGGCAACGACGAGAAUCUUCUAAUAAUGCUCUUU